GCAACAUUCUUUUUACAGGAUAAUCCGCUUCCAGUCCCAGUUGUGAACUCCAAGCGUCGAAAUGAUCUUCCGAAGGGAGGGUAUUAUAUAAGAACAUUCGAGGGAAAACUCAGAAGUACUAAACUUGAAGAAGAUCAACUCAAGCCCCAAAACGAUGUAAUCGUCCAUUAUCCUCUGCAUUCCCUGAUCCACUCUGAUCACACUCUGCACUCCACCAAGCCAUGGAUUCUUGGCAGUCUGUACUCUGGGACUGUUUACAUAUGGACUUACCAGACGCAGGGCAGGUCAGGGGAACUGUGUAAUUGAUCUUGCUGUUAACGUCUUGCUUCUCCUCAUUAGGCUGCAAUGUACUGUAUGGGGCGGUUUCUUUGCUCAGAUUAAACCACAUUUGCAGACCUAUAGCGUGAUUGUUAAUCAAUUUGUCUUCAAUAAAAAUGUUUUAGCAUUGAUGUGAGAAUCUAUUUGGAG